AAUCCUGGAAGCCUCGGGGUACAGUAUGUACUGUAUACACUUCUAUGCGGCGUUGCAGUGGUGUUACCCGACCAAAACCGACACGGAGCCGAGUGACGACGCUAAUGCGGCGCCGAUGCCGAGGCAACUGCAAGUCUCCACUGCACCUAGAGCAGGUGCGCUCCGGCGUAUGUAUGUACCUUAAAGCACUUGACUAUCAAAGUCAGAACUUACAAUCAAUGAUCAAUGUCCUGCCACUUUUCCAUUGCACUUCGUAGUAGCUAGCACACGCCGCCCUUUCUCACCAUGGCCGAAACACAACUCCACGACUUCCCCUCGCUCUUUUCCCUCGAUGGCAAAGUUGCCGUUGUAACAGGCGGUUCCCGCGGUCUCGGCCUCAGUGCCGCUUCUGCUCUCCUCCAAGCCGGCGCCGCUAAAGUCUUCAUCUCCUCCCGCAAGGCCUCAACCUGCGAAUCGGCCUGCGCCGCACUCAACUCCCUGCCCAACCUGCGCCCUGGCGCCGUCGCCGUACCCGUGCCCGCCGACUGCGCCACGCUUGACGGGGUCAAGCACCUGGUAUCCCAGGUCUCGGCACAGACGGAACACGUCGACAUCCUCCUCGCCAACGCGGGCGCUACCUGGGGGGAGCAGUUCGACUCGCACCCGGACGCGGCUUUCGCAAAGGUCAUGGACCUCAACGUGCGGGGGGUGUUCAACCUGGUGCGCGAGUUCGCCCCGCUGCUGGCCCGGCGGGCGAGUGUUGAGGACCCCAGCAGAGUGCUCAUCACGGCUAGUACGGCGGGGUUGGGGAUCGGUACCAUCGGCAAGCAGGGUACGUACGGGUAUAGUGCUAGUAAGGCGGCUGUCAUUCAUUUGGGCAGGAAUCUCGCUGUGGAGCUUGGGCCUAGGGGGAUUGCGGUUAACAGCAUCUGUCCGGGGUUUUUUCCUAGCAAGAUGAGCAAUGGGUUGUUGGAGAUGGCUGGCGGCGUGGAGCGCAUGGGUAAGGCUAACCCUAUGAGACGGCUGGGCCGGCCUGAGGAUAUCGCGGGUGUGGUGGUCUACUUGGCGAGCAGGGCUGGGGCGCACGUCAAUGGUGCGGCGAUCGAGAUUGAUGGAGGGGCGAUGUGGUCUAGAGGCCAGCUUGAUGUUAAGCUCUAAUGUUAUUUUUCCGUUUGAAUUUGAGUCCCUGUU